AUGUGGCGCGCAUUUCUGUUCUGCCUUCUGAGCACAGCCCAAGCUGGAAAUGUCCUACCUCGACAAGACACGGCCCAGAUAGCCAGAAACGUUUCUGGCUUCACGGCUUACGAUGUCUUAAACUACACCAACAUUCGCCUUGACGACUCACCGAGAAUAGAAGUCCCUUUGCGUAUUCUCUGUGUCGGAGACUCAAUCACUGAAGGGGCGGGGAGUAGUUCGAACGGUGGUGAUGGGAAUGGUUAUCGACUUUCUCUUGCAGAGCAUUUAUACCGUGAAGAAGUUGUUUUUGCCGGUACAAGACAUAGAGGAACAAUGAAGGAUAACUACCAUGCAGGAUGGUCUGGCAAGACUAUUCAAUACAUACGCGAUCAUGUCACAGAAUCUCUGGAGCAAAGACCCAACGUUGUUCUUCUUCACGCUGGAACAAAUGACAUGGAUCAGCGGUCAUCGAUCUCGAAGGAAGGAAGCGAACCAAAAGGCGCCGCAAACCGUCUGGGUCAUCUGAUUGACCAGAUAAUCAGUUACUGUCCGGAUGCAGUAGUUCUCGUUGCGAUUCCUCUAUCGUCCUGCGAUAGAUUCAAGCCCAAGAUGCCCGAGUACCGGGCCAUGAUUCCUGAGGUUGUGCGGCAGCGUCGAGAAGACGGAAAGCACGUUGUUGCUGUGGACUUUAGCACGUUCGAUUUGAAGGACUUGAGAGACUGUUUGCACCCUACUAAUGAAGGGUACAAGAUCAUGGGUGACUACUGGUAUGACUUCCUGACCCAGGUACCGGAGGGUUGGAUCAAAGAGCCCGUUGGGGAUGAUCCGGUGCGAGAAGAGGAGAAUGGAGUUGGUCUACGAAUUUUUUAG